UUCUCUCCUUGCAACUUCCACUUCGACGAUCAACACCGACUCUUUUCAUUCACCAUGUGGAUUGUCAACUGGUUCUGGGACGUUCUCGCUCAGCUGGGUUUGACCCACAAGAAUGCCAAGAUUCUCUUCUUGGGCUUGGAUAACGCUGGAAAGACGACUCUUCUUCACAUGCUGAAGAACGACCGAUUGGCGACUCUGCAGCCGACUCUUCACCCGACGUCUGAGGAGCUCGCCAUCGGUAACGUCAAGUUCACCACCUAUGACCUCGGUGGCCAUCAACAGGCCCGCCGCCUCUGGCGCGACUACUUCCCUGAGGUCGACGGCAUCAUCUUCCUCGUCGAUAGCGCAGACUUCGAACGUUUCCCGGAAUCGAAGGCGGAACUCGACUCCCUGCUUUCCAUUGAGCAGCUCGCGAAGGUGCCCUUCCUGAUCCUCGGGAACAAGAUUGACGCCCCAGGCGCCGUGAGCGAGGACGAGCUUCGUCACCAGCUCGGUCUGUACCAGACCACUGGAAAGGGCAAAGUCCCUUUGAACGAUAUCCGACCCAUUGAGAUCUUCAUGUGCUCUGUUGUCAUGCGCCAGGGCUACGGUGAAGGCUUCCGUUGGCUUUCGCAAUACCUCUAAGUAUCGGAAUUGUAGCUAGGCUGGAUGGGCUGCGGCGCGGCAUCGUAGGAUUGGCUUUACUGCUGUGACACGCAUUACUACGCUAUUUUCUACACUUCUCCCCUUUAGUCGUUGUACAUAUUGCACUAUAUAGAUCGUGGUUACUACUC